AUGAGCACCCCAAGCCCCUACGCCAAAGAGCUCCAAUUGGCCAGCCUCGCAGUCCAGCGAGCAGCCCUCCUAACCGAACAACUCCUCUCCGCCGUCGACAAAGGCGCCCUCGACAAAAGCGAUGACUCCCCAGUAACAAUCGCCGACUUCGCCGCCCAAGCCUCCAUAAUCGCCGCAAUCCACAAUGUCUUCCCGGAAGACGACAUCGUCGGCGAAGAAGACGCCACCGCCCUCCGCUCGAACCCGACCCUCCUGGAACGAACCUGGGACCUCGCGACCUCCGUGCACCUGGACGACGCAGCCAGCGAAGCCCAGCUCCACACGCCCGCGACCCGCGAUGAGCUCCUCGACCUCAUUGAUCUCGGAGCCAAGGGCGCAUGCACCCCGACCUCUCGCACCUGGACCCUAGACCCGGUUGACGGCACAGCGACCUUUAUCCGCGGCGAGCAGGUGCUACUAUUCGGCCGUUGGGCACGGGGGGCCCUGCUACCAGCCCGUGCGCUUGAAAAGGUCCCGCAGGUUGCGGAGACUGCGCGGGUGAGCUUUAUUGAUACGCGGGCGGCGAAGACGCAGGAUCUCGAGGCUCAUGGUCGGGUGGCGGCGACAUUGGGAUGUCCGUGGCCGAACCCGGUGGAUUUGUGGUCUGCUCAGAUGCGGUAUGUGGCGAUUGCGGUGCAGGGUGGGUGCAAUGCUUUUAUAAAAUUGCCGCUGUCGGAUGAUUAUCGGUCGAAGAUCUGGGAUCAUGCUGGUGGUAUGCUUAUUGUGCAAGAGCUUGGUGUGCUUGUUACGGAUCUCGAGGGGAGACCGGUGGAUUGUUCGCAGGGACGAACUUUGGCAAGCUGUCAUGGAAUGGUUGUUGGUCCAGCCUCGGUGCAUGGGAGGAUAGUCGAGGCCGUGAAGCAAGUGCGCGGACUGUAG